AGAUAAUCUCACUUGUAAACCGCACUCAGCCGGAAUCGUUCCACCCAGUCAGAGAGCCAUGCACUGUGUACAGUAGUUUAGAUGCGAGGGUGGCAUCUGGCCAUCCCACCCCCUUGGCUUCCCGCAUCUUAAAAGGCUCGUGUUUCUCCCGCAUGGGAAUUGAUCUUCCUCCUUCUCUAGCUGCAGGUCUCGAGUUCCCCUUGUGCCUUGAACUCACAUCAUCUGCAUCACGAUGAGGCCCCUCUCCUUUGCAGGUGUGGCACUGUUUGCCUCGUGCGCCGUAGCCCAAACUUAUCAGCGCUUGGGUGGCUGUCCAACUCUGGGUUGUGUUUUCCCUCCUGAUCAGGCGGAUUUACUUCCCGGUCAAUACUUCGAUAUCCGUCUGGAGGUCCACUCGCCUGUCAACGGUUCUGAAGCUCGCCAGGGUCAACCUGAUCCCGACUUCAAAUUCACCAUCGCGAAGAAGGGUGAAGAGGCGGUUGCAGCGUCAGAGUACUUUGAGAUCGACGAGCCAGAGCUUGAGCGAUGGAACUUCACCUGGUAUGAAGACCUAUUCGCGAAGGAUGCGCACAAGCCCUCACUCGUCAACGUUACCGCGAAGGCCUACAGAAGAGUCGCUCUCCACGAGCCUGGUGAGUACGAGGCGACACUGAGCUAUUACGGCCAAGAGAAGACGGUUGCCAAUUGGUUGGUGCGCGACCUCCCGGAGAAGCGACGGGCAAAGAAUGUCGUCCUCUUCAUCGGAGACGGCAUGACGACCAACAUGAUCACGGCAGCUCGUCUGAUCGCUCACCGAAGCGUCAAUGGCAAGUACUUGACCAAGUUACAGCUGGACAAGUUCCCCGUCUUGGGUCACCAGAUGACCCACUCGAUGGACUCCUUCAUCACGGACUCGGCCAACUCGGCCACGGCGCUCUAUUCAGGCCAGAAGACCACCGUGAAUGCUUUGAACGUCUAUGUGGACUCGUCGAAAGACCCGUUCGAUGACCCGAAAUUCGAAACCAUCUCAGAGAUCUUCCGUCGCCGGUACCCCGAUGGUGGUGUUGGCAUCGUCUCGACUGCGUUUCUGGCGGACGCCACCCCGGCUGCCUUGGCUGCUCAUACUCGGGACCGUGGCGAGUACGACCAUGUCAUCGGUGCUUACUUCGAAGGGCUGACUAAAUACGAGUGGACGGAUUGGGACGGCCCGGAUGUCCUCUUUGGCGCCGGGGCGGAAAACUUCGUCACCAGUAAGGAUGCGCCUCGGGACUACUAUAAACUGUUUGCGGAGAAGGGCUAUAGUGUCAGCUGGAACAAGACCGCACUCCAGGCUGCCCCGAACGAUACCAAAGCCCUGGGUGUGUUCUCUGUUUCCAAUCUGGCCACUUGGCUCGACCGUAACGUGUACCAGGAGAACCUCCGGAAUCAAAGCAACUAUCCGGAUGGCUCGGGAAGGGACGCGGACGACCUCCCUGGAUUGAAGGAGAUGACCCUUAAGGCGAUCGACGUCCUGAACGCCCGGCAUGAGGACGACGGCUGGUUCCUCAUGUCGGAGGCUGCCAGUAUCGACAAGCAGAUGCACACCUUGGAUUACGACCGGUCUCUGGGUGAGCUCCUGGAGCUAGAUGAUACCGUGCGCGCCACGAUCGAGAAGCUCAAAGCCCUUGGACAGCUGGACGACACGCUGAUCAUCGUCACCGCGGACCACGGCCACGGAUUUGAUGUCACCGGCUCGGUCGAUACGGAGUAUCUGAAUGCACAUGAAGAUGAUCGGGAUAAGCGGCAAGCCAUCGGAACUUACCAAAACUCCGGUCUCUCGCAGUACACCGUGCGCGGCCCUAACGCCUUGCGGUACUCGGAAGGGGUCCAUUUCCCGGCCCGCUGGGACCCGCGCUACACCCUACACGCGGGCGUGGUGGCCUUCCCCGACCACCAAGAGAACUAUGCAGUGCAUAAGGAGGGACCCCGGAAGCCCGCGGUAAAACGCAGUGGAUCUAACGGCUAUUAUUCCAAUUACAAGGACGCGGUGACCGGAUUCCUCAUCAACGGCACUCUACCCGUCAGCGCCGACCAGGGUGUGCACUCAUUGACGGAUGUACCGGUGUUCGCUCAGGGUCCUUGCCAGGAGCUGUUUGGCGGCGUUUACAGCUCGGUUGAUAUCUUCUUCAACAUGGCCGAGUGUCUUGGUCUAGCCGACCACGGAAAGAAUUAAAGAACGGAAACGUCGAUGGUUUUCCUUUUUUGUUGUUAUGGUUGUUGCUUUCGGGAGCGGGUUGGUGAUUGUUGGUUGCAUGGGCCCUGUACAGUAAAAAAA